GAAUCAUCCUCUGCGCUAGAAGCGCAUCUGACCAUCUCGGUAAGGAAGCGGAUCUAGAGAGAGAGCGAGAGCGAGAGAGGAUGUCGUGGCAAGCGUAUGUGGACGAUCAUCUGAUGUGCGAGAUCGACGGUCAACAUCUCACGGCCGCUGCUAUCAUCGGACAGGACGGAAGCGUCUGGGCGCAGAGUGCGUCCUUUCCUCAGCUUAAAGCCCCAGAGAUAACUGGUAUUAUGAAUGAUUUUACUGAACCUGGAUCACUUGCACCUACUGGCUUGUACCUUGGGUCCACAAAGUAUAUGGUGAUCCAAGGGGAACCCGGUGCUGUUAUUCGAGGGAAGAAGGGUUCUGGUGGUGUUACUAUCAAGAAAACCAAUCAGGCUUUGAUCUUCGGCAUCUACGAUGAGCCGCUGACUGCUGGCCAGUGCAACAUGAUCGUCGAGAGGCUAGGUGAUUUUCUCAUUGAUCAGGGCCUUUAGCUCAGGUAUGUUUCUAUUUGGUGUUGUUGUUCUUUAUUUAAAUUUCCUUCUUUGGGCUGUAAUCCUUGACAUGAGCUUUCCUAUUUCUACAUGGUAUCAAAAUGGUUGCAGUGAAUAAUAUGUAUUUUUGAGGUCGUAGGGGUAGUCUUGUGUGGGGACAAAUGUAUUUGGGUGUUGUUAUACUUCCCUAAAAUGCUUUUAUAUCUAUGGAUUCUCCCUAUAGAAGGAAGGGAUUAUGAUUUCCAAGUAA